GACCACGCACGGUUCGGCCGCAAAAUCCGCCGGAUACAGUCUGCGCGCGUGCACGUGUGCGUUCCUCGUCGCCUUCGAAGACGUCGCUCGCGAUGCAUCUGACACCCAUUAUCGUCCGGUGAACUCUGACGUGGUGAACGACAUCGAUGAACUAGAAGCUGUCGAUCAAACGAACAGAACAGAAAGAGAGCAAAGAGGAAGAAGCCGAGCAAGUCCGUCCGGCAGAUAUGAUCGUCGUGGCGAAACUCACCGAGAGUCCCACCACAAUUUUUGGCGUUCGCGUAUAGCCGAACUGGAAGGAACUUAAAACCGCAUUUCGAGUGAAGCUAAAUAAAGAACUAUGCAGCGCGAGGGCUGAGGCGGGGCGCACGGUGCCUCGCCGAGCGGAAUAUGUGAGAGUGAGUAAGAAUGGUACAGCGAGCUACAUGCAGCAGCGAGACAAGCGGAUCUCUCAAUGGCGUACCAAACGGCGACCGCAGAGGAGGAACGUCCGGCGUCGUCGUCGCGACGGAUGCGGUGAUUGCGCGAGGUUCCAUCGACGGCGAAGCGACCUUCCUGACGCGCGGUGAAGGUGGUCGCGGCAGCAGCGGCAGGUUUUCCCUGUUUAGGUGGUUCAAGCGAAAUCGCGAUUCAACCGUGGAGAAACGACGGCGAACGAGCGCGAGGUCGGACGAUGACGGCAUCGUCCGACGACGCAGCAGCGUCUACUCCAGCGUGGAAAGCGUAGACACCUUCUACAGCACCACCACGGUCCGCAGUUUCGCGUUCCAUUCGGGUACCCUGGGUCCUUGCAACGUUCUAUCUCUAGACAUCCUCAACCAAGCGGCCGAAGUCGGCCCGUUCGCCGCUGGAGCUUCGAAGGUGUUCGUUGGCAACAAAGAGAACAACCCGUCGACAGCCGCCGCCUAUACUUUACCGACAAACGUGCACUCCAGAAGACGGGACAUCACUGCCAGGUACUCGCUGCAUCCGUCAACGACCUUCGGCUCCUGUGGGAACUUCUCGACAUCGGAAAAGGGUUUAUCGAGCACGUCGAAGAGACUCGACGAGCACGAGAGAGCCAGUUACAAUGGAUCUGUGCGGCGGCGGGUUCACGUGAAAGGGAAGCGGAGAGCGCCCAAUCCUCCCGACACGAUAGUCAAAAUCGUAGAGGUCAAUGUACGUGAAACACCCAAGAAUAGCGGUAGACGAAAGCGACGGGCUCCGCGACCUCCGGAAAGAAUUGCGGAGAAUCGUUCCACCGAGGGGCAGUCGAAGCUCGCCGAUGGUGGUAUGGAAAUAGAAGCGCGGAAGGACGUCGACGAGAGUCAAUCGAUUAGCAACGACACGCUGGUCCUUCAGGGUGGUAUGCUGCUAUCGAAGAAGGAAGUUUCCGGCAGUCCGAAAGCCGCGAAGAACAACGACGGCGAUGCCGGAACCUCCAGCAUGACAGUCCUUCAGGAAAGAGCGCAAAGCCCCGUCAGCGGCACCUUGAACACAGCCAUGCCGCGACCUUGGUAUAAACGUAAUGUGUCCGAGCAUUUUCGCGAUUCCGGAACGUCGAGGAAAGGCGCAAUUUUUCGCAGCCCCGCGUCGUCUAUCGAGAUGAAAGAUGAGUGUGUCGGAACAAAUAUGGGUUCUUCGACGAGCUACUCCGUCGAUGCUUCUUUGUCGAGGCUAAAUUUCUUUCACCGUGGUGAGCGGCAGAGUGACGACAGGAAGCGACAGGACGCUAAACGAAGAUCAGGUCUGUCGAUCUUGACGAACAUCAGCGAGCUAGACAAAGAGGCGGCGGCAAUCGUUCAAGAGGAACAAGCGCGAACGCGGGCGUCGUUGCUGAAGACAUCGAAAUUCGCCGACGCUUUUGAGGACAGGAAUGACGUCAGUGAAGAGAUUGUUCAAGAUAUGGUCGCCUCGGCGAUGGAAAGCUCGUCACCUCGUCGAGGCACGCGCGCGCUGAUCUCAAAGUUCAACGCCAUCGGCAACAUUACUAAGGUCACAGUCAACGCCAAUUUCUUCGCUAGAAAAGAUCAGUCGGGCUACAAGUUUGAUCGAGAUGCAGCAAGGAAUAGCAGAUUCGAACAGAGAGGGGAUUGGAGGAACCAAAGAUUCUCGGUUCAACAAGAUCUCGGUCAAAGUGUGCGUGUUGAUAAAGAUAUCUCCAGGUAUUUCUUACCGCAACAGAGAACAUCGAGAACUGGAUCGGCGCAGGUCAAUGUAAAGCCAAUUGAUCUCAAAAUCACCUCGAAAAAGGAACAAAAUAAUCAGUUAAUGAAAGAUACAUCCAGUAGAAUAUCGUUUCUACAAAGCCAACUCGCUACGAAUCGCACAAACGAGCCUAUAACUAUUCAUGACAUCACAUUGCCAAACGAAGAAAGAAUCAGAUUACGACAAGAAAUUAUUGAAGGAAAAGCAAGCAAAGAAUCACCGAGACUGAACAACGAGGCGAGUAGGAGAUUUUUGUUCUCUCGUGCUCGUAAUCUAGUUGAAAGUACGGAAAAUGUGUUAGAUCCUUUCAGAGGAAGAGCAGAGGGAAAUGGAGAACGGUUAGGGGGAGUGCAAAAGGAAUUUUCCAACAUCUUCGACGAGAUCGAUCGACAGCUACGUUCGCGAGAGUUCAAACUUAUUGAGCGGAGACCAGCAGUCGAAUCCGACAACGUCGGGGCGAAAGUUCCAGAGGAUGAAGCUACCGUAUCGAGCAAAGUGGCCAAAGUACUCGAUAUCCUGGUGGAAGCUGAGAAGGACGGCAAGACGAGAUCGGUGUCACAGCCGGAAAGAUCGAUACAAGACAAGGAAAUCCCGCGUUUGAUUGAUACGGACCGGAAGACGAAGUCUGGUAAGACAAAAUCGACUGCCCUCAAUACCGUCGAGGAUCCAAUUACCGCGGACUUGAAGGAGAUGCUGAAGGAGAUGAAGCACUCGUUACCGAAACGGCCAAAACCAAAGAAGCCCAUGUCAAGCGACGUUCUCGAAAAGGUUGAAAAGCGCUUGCCGGUAUCUACGAACAAGACCUCCUACGUUGUCCCGAACACUACGGCGAAAACGGAAGCAAUGUCGCCGAACGAUUACGAGACAGAUAAGCAGAAGGUGUCCUCGUCAGCGCAAACCAGUGGAAACAUCUAUAGAUUAAAUCAACCUUCUACCUCGGCCGAGCGACCAUCUACCUCGGGUUGGAAACACGAGAACGUGCUCUACAGAACUUCUGGCAAGGGUUCGGCCCUCGUGAAGAAUACUUUCCAACUGAUAAGACCGCGCGAUUUCGCCGAGAUAGAAGCUAUGAAGACCACGAAUGAAGUUUACAAGGAAAACACUUAUGCCAAUGUGAUAGAACCGUCGCUGUAUGCCAAUGCUCACGUUCCUCCUAGUUCGCAGAAACAACGACCGAAUACGACGCGAUUUAACGAUAUUCCGCAAAGUAAUCGAAUUAAAGUAACGCCGAAUAUUGCAAACGAGAAUAAAAUUACGUCAAACGAGAAUGAGUUUAAAGAGGAAGACGAUAAUUCAACAGCAAGGAACAUGAAUACAUUGGCCAUAAAUCGAUUACUAAGAAAACUAGAAGGGGCCAUCGCAUCGGGUCAUCAUCAACAAGCAGCAGGAUUAGCAAAGGAAUUGGCAAGGCUCAAGAUCCAUUGUUCCGUGAUACGACAGCGUUCAGCGGCACGUUUAAAGGAUCAGUUGAUUAAAGUCAAUAUGUAUAUCGAAGACAAACUCGCUCACCAAGGGCCCAUACCACUUCAGUUGCCGACGGGAAUGACGGUAGCCGAGCUGAAGACAAAGAUACAUACGGAGUUUGAAAUACCUACGAACGUGCAACGAUGGAUCAUUGGGAAAAACUUAGCUGAUCACGACGAGACCACCCUCGAUGAAUUACAUGCAGUGGAUGGUUCACCGGUGUUUCUAUAUCUCGUAGCGCCUGAAUUUCAUGUCGAUAAUCCGCAAACGAGCAAAUUAAAACUCGAAGAAAAUGAGGUUCCUGAGGAAUUGCCGCAAGAUCCGUUAAUGGAGGCCUCGCAAACAAUCGAUAAAAAUCAAGAAACUAUCGAAAAAAAAGAAGUAAUAUUGCCAGUAAAUGAACCUGAGCAAGAAGCAGUGGAAGCAGACAUAUCGGAAGACGUCAAGAUGGGGCGAUACGAAGAAUUGAUAUCGUUAGAGAACUGGGACGUCAUUCCAAAUUCCGAGCCAAUCGAAUGCCCAAUAUGUUUUGUUACAUAUGGUCCACGCGAAGGUGUAAUUCUGAGAGACUGUUUACAUAUGUUCUGCAGAUCAUGCAUCGCUAAUACAAUAGUGUACUGCGAAGAAGCGGAAGUAAAAUGCCCAUACAGAGAUUCCGAAUACACUUGUGAAUCGACUCUUCAAGAACGCGAGAUCAAAGCGCUGGUCGAGCCAGAAGUCUAUCAGCAGCACCUCGCAAAGUCAAUCGCACAAGCGGAGAACAACGCGGGAAAUAAGGCCUUCCACUGCAAGACGCCAGACUGUCCUGGUUGGUGUAUUUACGAUGAUGAUGUGAACAAUUUCCUGUGUCCAGUAUGUCGAGCCAAUAACUGUCUUACCUGUCAGGUGGUUCAUACUGGGAAGAAUUGCAAGCAAUAUCAGCAAGAAUUGCAACUUUCAAAAGAAACUGAUCAAGAAUCUAAAAGGACAGCAGCGAUGCUCAAGGAAAUGGUCGAUAAAGGUGAGGCACUCGCGUGUCCCACAUGUGCUGUCGUUCUUAUCAAAAAAUGGGGUUGCGACUGGUUGGUUUGUUCCAUGUGUAAAACGGAAAUAUGUUGGGUUACCAGAGGGCCACGUUGGGGUCCAGGGGGUAAAGGGGAUACAUCUGGUGGCUGUAGAUGCGGUGAAAACGGAGUAAAGUGUCAUCCUCGUUGCAAUUACUGCCAUUGAAAAAUUACAUCGGUCGCGAUAAUAAUCGAAUACAUGUAUCACGAUAAUGUCUGAGAAAUGCUUUUAUACAAUUAUUUGAUAUGUGAACGUAAUGUUUCAUAGGCUCGAGCAUUUCAUAGGCUUUUUUAUAUGUAUUUAAUUCGAGUUCAAAUCUCGAUAAACCAAUGUGUGAUCUGAAUUACAUACUGCUUGCUCAAUGAUUAAUCUUAUCGCGAUGUGAGAUUGCAAGUGAGAGUCUAAUAAAAAAAAAGUGGAAC